AUGCCUGUAGUCUCGCCUUCCCGAUACACAUCUACCUCCUCCAGCCUUUCGGGCUCCUAUCGCUCUACGUUGACGUCUUCGUCGAGUUUAGAUAAGCCUUAUUACAGAUCCAGUAGUGGAACAUAUGUUACGUCUACGUUGAGAAGUUCCUAUGGAGACCGAACGACAGAAUACAGAUCUAGGUACUCAGAUGUCGAUGGAAAGAGGGAGAGGAAGACCUCACUCGUGGAGUACAGCAGGAACUCACGAGCACCCAGUGUGACGGACUCAGACAGUGGGAUAUCCACCAGAUAUAGAACAGACAGAAGUGAAUCUAGAUCAAGAGAUAUAUCAACGACGCGCAGUGAAAGCAGUAAGGCAGAACUGUCCAGAAACCCAAAGAGGAAUGUUAUCAGUACUGCUGCUUUAGCAAUGUCCACAGCAGAACUGUAUAAUAAAUACUCUCCUGCGAACUAUAUACCGUUGACGCAAAGGAUCCAGCAACAACAACAACAACAGCAGCAACAGAACCAGAGUAACUAUGGGGAUAUAUCCAGGUCGAAGUCAAUCUCAAAUGACAUUGGGCGACCACCCGCCCCAGACUCGUAUAGGACAACGAGAAGGGCCAGGAAUUCCACCGCAGCAACUAUAACAGAGAAACCCGAAGGGAGAAGAUCGUAUAAGGAAGGCUCACCAACCCCCAGCUACAGCAAAAGAAGCUCUAUGUGCAACGGCGUUAAGGACACUAAUGGAAACGAGUUGCCAACAGUCUCCGAGAUUAGGAAGAGAUUCGAUCCGAAGAUGACGGUGACCAAGCUGCCUGCGAAUGACUCCAGAUAUUCGGCCAAAACGUCGGUGGAACAGUACUUGAGCCAACUGAAGGAAUGCGAGAACGGUUCUGUUGGAUAUACGAAAAUAGUUCCUAAAGAAGACCAGCCAGUGCCCGUCCAUUUGCCAUACGCCGAGCAUAAAAAUGGGAUUAACCACAGAUGGGAAGUGGGAUCGUCUAGUUCCAGAUCGAAUUCUAACUCAGAUCUAUCGAUUAGUAAGACAAUAUCGGAACCAGUGUCUCUCGCGAAACCCUCUGUUGACAAAGUCACUAACAUGUCCAUGUCUUUCACGGCGAAAUUGCCAUCUGAAAGGCUAGCAAGCAUAAAAAGUCAGUUAGACCCGAACAAUCCAAUUGGGAAGAUUCUAGAAAAGUCCACUGUGAUACAAGUUGAAAAUGGUGACCUAGACCACACCGAACGAAGAAAGCUACCUAGAAACAGUCCCGAAGUUAAAAUUAAAGAAUCUCUAAAGAACGAUAUCGAAAAGCAAGUGAAAGCCCCUAAGCAUACUUCCAACUUCGCUUCCUACAUACAAAUGUCACAGCCCAUAGCUUCAGGAACUGCCACUCCGAAAGCAUCGAAGCCAGUCGAGCUAAACAAUAUUAUUAACGAAGAACUAACAAAAACCGAACUGAAACCAGAAACCAGAAAAACUAAGGUCAACCUUAAAUAUAUAGACUCUGAGCAAGAUGAACGUCUGACUCUGGAGAAUGAUAUUGAAUCUCCCAGUGGUACUGGUUUUGAGAACAAAACCUUUGAACACGAGAGCUAUUUAAAGAAACGCACCGAGAAGGAAGUAGAUGACAAGGAGCCGGAAGAUGGCAUCAAGUCGAUGGAGACGAGCACGGAGAGUACCAUCAGCGACCCAACGGAAGACUCUAGUCCCGAAACACCGUCUUCUAGAAGGAGGCUGUUGGAUACGAAGGACUACGAAGAUAUUAAAACGGAAUUGGCCGGUGGCAGGAGCGGACCGAGCGGACUGCGACGUAGCAGCGAACGGUCGGACUCGUCCGAGCCGCGAACAGAGCGCAACUCCACACAGUCCAGCCACACCAGCGGUCUAAACGGUUUGCGAAACAUCGGGAAUACGUGCUUCAUGAACAGUGUACUGCAGUGCCUGUCCAACACGCGGCCUUUGCUUGAAUACCUGACAGAGGACAAGCAUGCAGGAGAGAUCAACACCACGCUUUCCUGUAUGAAGGGCGCGCUCAUAAAGGCGUUCGCGAGUGUUAUCAAGGAGUUGUGGCGCAGCGGCGAGAAGGACUCAGUCGUGAACACCACCAGCCUUAAGUCCCAGGUCCAGCGCUUUGCUCCGCGUUUUAUAGGCUACAGCCAGCAAGAUGCACAGGAGUUCCUUCGUUACUUGCUGGAAGGUCUGCAUGAGGAUGUCAACCGAGUCACAGUCAAACCAAAACCUAUCCUCACUGAAAUCGACGAUAAUCUCAGCGAGUCCGCUAAGGCCACGGAGGCGUGGUCCAGAUACCUGCGAAUGGAGGACAGCCGUGUGGGAGACAUCUUCGUGGGACAGCUGAAGUCAACGCUGCGCUGUACGCACUGCAAUCAUGACAGUUUCACCUUCGACCCCUUCUGGGAUCUCAGCUUACCGAUCCCAUCUCGCACGGGCAACUUGAAGCUGCAGCAGUGCCUGCAGCAUUUUGUGCGCGAAGAGGAGCUCGACGGCGACGAGAAGCCAACAUGCUCUAAGUGCGGUGUUCGACGUAAGUGCCUUAAAUGGUUCACGGUGCAGAAGUUCCCACAAGUGCUGGUGCUGCACCUCAAGAGGUUCUCGCCCACGGAGCGUUUCCGCGGGAAGUUGUCGGUGUGUGUGGAGUUCCCUCUCACCGGGCUCGACAUGUCUCCGUUUGCAGCUACCAGAACCUCACAACCGGUCCUAUACAACCUCUACGCAGUUAGCAACCACUCUGGUACCACAUACUCGGGUCAUUACACAGCGUACUGCAAACACCCGUACACGGGCGAGUGGCACGAGUACAACGACUCCAGAGUGACACCCAUCAAUCCCCGCAACGUUGUGUCGCCAGAGGCCUACGUGCUGUUCUACGAACUGGCGCGGGGCUCGUAG